UGAACACUCUGGAGGGCAACCAGAGGGCAGACACAUGCCCGCAGUAGCCUGCAGUCUAGCUAACAGGGACACAAAUAAGGUUGGCGACACGCAACCUUGGUUUCCACAGGCAAUGGAGUCUAGGAGGAUAGUCUCUGAUUUUUAUCGUGGAGGCUCGCCUUCGACGCCUUACUAUACAGCUUAUCCAUCUCCGGAGCCUCACUCUGAUGAUGAGCAGCAGCAAAUGGCAGGCCCAUCCAAACUCACGCUAGACUUGCCGGUCUACUCAAAUAAUUCUUUCCAACCCUCCGAUGAGGAAGAGGAAGAAGAGCACUCGAAUCUGCACUUAAAUAUCAAUUUCAAUCUCUCAUUAGAUUUCAGUCAAGCUACACUGGGACACUCUCGUCCGCCUUCACCAACACCAACCGCAGACUUUAGCAUGAUCUCACCACCAAGCAGUCCUUCCUAUGUUCAAUAUCACUCUCAAUUCCUUUCAGCACCACAAGGACGAAACACCCUUCCUUUCUUCCGGACAUCUCCAACCCGCACUUCUACCCAUUUACGAAGUCACAGUAUAGCCUUGGGAGGCAGUACAAAACGCCGCGUACGUCCCAAUAUCACGAAGAUUUGGGAAAGCAUUUCUUCUCCAUCUCCUCGAGGCAGCAAGUCCUCACCUACACUCAAACAUCCAUCGCCAAUCCAUAGGCACUUUACUAGGUCCUCCCCUAAUAUCUUGCGCGCAAAGCGCAAGGCAAAGCGUUCUUCAGUAUCAGACGUCUUUUACUGUGGGUCCGGGGUUCAGGGUAACAUCAAUGGGGACGUCGACGUAGACUACCGUGCAUUAGACCCGCUUGACGGUGAGGAGGGUGAACUCGUAGACCACGAAGGUUAUUUUGAUGCAGUCCAAUGCGAUCUUACAACGUCCCUAUCGUCAUAUACACAAUCCCCCUCACCCUCCCCUACCACCACCCCAACCUCAUCUCACCUCUGUCUCUUUCGACCUCAAACUCCCUCCCAAGCCUACACCCUCUGCCCAACAUCAUACGCCUCAGCCUCCACCUCCACGUUCACCUCCACGUUCACUUCCACGCGAUACCUCCCCCCCGCCCAAACAUCCCUUCCCCUUCCCCCAGAACUCACCCUACACAUCCUUUCCCUCCUCCCGAUGCGUUCAGUCCUAGCAUGUAUGCUUGUCUCUCGCUCUUUGUACACACUAGCCAAAGACACAAGCGUCUGGCUAGGAGUGUGGAGAGGGAGAGAAGGCCGUCCAAGAGUCCAACCCCGCGUAUCUCGCCAAAGCCCAUACGGCUAUUCCUACACACACAACUUUGCGUACGGGCUAGUGAAUUAUAUGUCUUCUUACUCAUUCCCAAGAAAUUCCCUGCCCAGCUUGUCCUCCUCUUCUGGUGAUGACAUCUCAUCACUGCGUUAUGCCCACGCAGACGAAGGCGUACACGGAUUCCCGCUUCUUGAAGACUCCGAAGAUGCGGAAGGGGAUGGGCCUAGUGGCUGGGCUAUAGAUUGGGAUCGAGUUGAAGCGUUGUGGUAUGGCGGACGCUCGAGGGGCGUUUUUAUGGAUAAAGAGAUCAAUGCUAACAGACCAUCAAUUCGCAUCUCUUAUCCGGAUCCAAUCUUAAGAAGAGGCGCGAAUUUAGGACCUCUCCGGCUCAACUGGCAUACCCUCUACCGCUCUCGUGCCACACUCGAAAGGCAGUGGCGAGAUCCACGCGGUGAACCGCGGGUGAUGCGAAUCGAGGGACACGGAGACAGCGUCUACUGCCUCGACUUUGACUCGCAACGGAUCAUCACAGGAUCUAGAGACAGAACCAUCAAAGUGUGGUGUAUUCACACUGGCGAGUGUCUUGCGACGUUUGAAGCGCAUUUGGGAAGUGUGCUUUGUUUGAAGUUUGAAAAAGACUUUGAUGCGAAGCGACCUUACUCGCGCCGGUCUUGUUCUCGCGGGCUUGGUAUUAAUGGUGAAGAAAAGGAAGGUAGUGUCAACGAGGAUGCGAACGAGGGGGAUGAGGAGGAAUCGCACGGUAUGAUGGUAUCCGGUUCUUCGGAUUGCACAGUACGUGUCUGGGACCUAUACACAAAGCAUCGUGGUUCGAGAAUACGGGCUGACGUACAUGCGAUUUUGCGUGGCCAUUCUGGGGGUGUGUUGGAUUUGAGGAUGGAUGAGAAUUGGAUCGUCAGCUGCUCCAAAGACGCACUCAUCAAUGUAUACUCCCGAUCUACGCUCACUUUACACGCCGUCCUACAAGGCCACGAAGGACCCGUGAACGCCAUCGGGCUCGAAGGCGGGAGGGUAGUGAGUGCCAGUGGGGAUGGUCGAAUGAUGUUGUGGGAUGCUGCUAGUGGGAGGUGUGAACGGGUGUUUGAGGGGCAUGAGAGAGGGUUGGCUUGCAUUGAGUUUAAGGAUGACCUAAUCCUAAGUGGUUCAAAUGACUGCACUAUCAAACUCUGGCGCGCAUCCACAGGAGAAUGUCUGCACACCUUUGCUGGCCAUACGUUGUUGGUCCGCGCGUUGUGUUUUGAUCCGAAGACUGGGUAUGUGGUUAGUGCGAGUUAUGAUCGGAGCGUUAGGGUUUGGGAAUGGAGAGAGCCUGCUACUCCUGCUGUGAAUAUUACUGCUUUUACUUCGCACUCUUCUUCCUCGUCGACCUCUUCUUCGUCAACCUCUUCGUCGUCGUCAUUUCACUCGACACACACCAGUACCUCAACACAUACCAGCAACUCGGCGCACGCCAGAACCUCGAUUUACGCAUCCGACACAGACGGAGCAAGCGUAGUAGGCGUCGCAGACGGUGUCGUUGGGUAUAGAAAUUCGGGUAUGAGCGAGAAGAGGGGUGUUGGGAGGUUGGUGAGGGAGUUUAGGGAUUUGCAUGCGAGUCAUAUUUUUGAUGUUAAGUUUGAUGUGAGGAGGAUUGUUAGCACUUCGCACGACCAGAAGAUCGUUGUUUUGGAUUUCACAGACGGCAUCGAAGGCGCUGAGAUUUUUGUGUGAUAUAGGGCACCAGAAUCCUUUUUCUUUAUCUUCAUCUUUCACCCCGUCCUGACCUAGCCAUAUCUGGUGAUAGCCAGACCUUGGUGAUACCUCAAACAUCGAAUCUAUUUAUUUAUCACGCAUCUUAUAUCCGUUUUGAACAUCUUGCAUUGCAAUUGGACUUCGUUCGAUCUUGUAUCUAGCUAUACCUCUAGUGUAUUAUGUACAGUAUAUCUGGUGAACGUCAUUGGUUUUGUUUUGCAAGGUUGGUUGGCUGGCGUAUUUGAGUUGGCGGCCCCAUGUUUGGUAGUGACUCGCUUAAACUAGCGCGGACAAGUUGAAUGUGACUACGU